AUGCUGGGGUCGGUGAAGAUGGAAGGCCACGACGCUCCGGACUGGAGCGGCUUCUACGGAGAAGAGGUGUACUCCCCGAUGGCAGGUGGUGGGAUGGGUUCUGGUCUUGGGAUGGGCUCUAUGUCAGGCUACAUGUCCAGCAGUGGAACAACGUCAGGCUCCUUCAACAUGUCCUACAGCGGAACCGGUCUGAGCCCGUCACCAGCUGGGGGUAUGGGGGGCUCAGCCCAGGCAGCUAUGUGUGGUCUUGGUGGGGGCGUGGCCUCUAUGGGUGGUGCACUGAGCCCUUCCAGCAUGAGCUCAGUGUCAGGCCAGCAGGCGUCCAUGGGCCUGAACCCCUAUGGUGGCAUGAGUCCAACCAUGAGUCCCAGCAUGGCCUAUGGUGGCGCUGGUCUCAGUCGAACCCGGGACACCAAGGCCUUCAGACGGAGCUACCCGCAUGCCAAACCCCCCUACUCCUACAUAUCACUCAUCACCAUGGCAAUCCAGCAGGCACCCAGUAAGAUGCUGACCCUGAGCGAGAUCUACCAGUGGAUCAUGGACUUGUUCCCAUAUUACCGGCAGAACCAGCAGCGUUGGCAGAACUCCAUCCGCCACUCGCUGUCCUUCAAUGACUGCUUUGUGAAGGUGUCUCGCUCGCCGGACAAACCAGGGAAGGGCUCGUACUGGACCCUGCAUCCGGACUCUGGGAACAUGUUUGAGAACGGCUGCUACCUGCGCCGCCAGAAGAGGUUCAAGUGCGAGAAAAAGAUGGUAGUCAAAUCUGACGGCAGGAAGGAGCAGGGGGUUGCAGGCGGGGCCCGGGGACUGUCUCCUGCAAGAGACCCUAUCAAAUCUGCUGGACUCCUGGACUCAUCUGGGCCCUCCUCCAGCCAGGCAGCCUCCCCCCCAGGUCUGGACCUGAGGGCAGCUGUUGGUGGGGUGUCGGACCUGAAGGUGUCUGGCUCUCAGAUCCUGUCCUCCCUGUCUCUGCCCCCCCACUCCAUGGCCCACGAGCCCCCGCUGCAUCUCAAAGGAGACCCCCACUACUCCUUCAACCAUCCAUUUUCCAUCAAUAACCUCAUGUCAUCCUCAGAACAGCAGCACAAACUGGACCUGAAGGCCUACGAGGCACUACAGUACUCCUCCUACAAUGCUGGGGGAUCGUCCAGUCUGGGGGGAAGGACCAUGGAGCCUCUGGAGACAUCCUACUACCAGGGGGUAUACCCAAGACCCCUGCUAAACAGCUCGUCUUAG